UGACGUCGUCUCUUGGUGACGUGUCAGUUUGUUUACAGCAGUACUUGCGCUGCAGCUGCCCUGACAUGGCUGUGGAUAUAACUUUACUUUUUAAAGCCAGUGUCAAGACUGUAAAAACCAGGAACAAGGCGAUUGGAAUAGGCUUUGACUCUACCAAAGAUGAAAUUUUCAAGAAGAGCAGACCCAAGAGUGGCUUCUCUCCUAAAGCGAAAGAAGUGAUCACGAACAUCACCAAGCUCAAAGACUUUCUGCUACAACACAGGAAAGAUUAUGUGAGCGCCGGAAGCCUCAUCUCAUCAGAUCUUACCCGUAUGACGGACAAUGAACGAGACCAGAUUGACCAGGAUGCUCAGAUCUUCAUGAGGACUUGCUCUGAGGCUAUCAAGCAGCUACGCAAUGAAGCGGUGAAGCAAGUGACAUCAGCCCAGAUAAAGGAGCACAGAGGGGCAGUGCUGGACCUCAUUGAAAUUUAUCUGAGAGGAGUAUGUAAGCUGUACUCUGAACAGAGAGCAAUCAGGGUCAAGAGAAUGGUGGACAAGAAGAGGCUGUCAAGGCUGGCACCAGAACACCACAGUCGAGUGGCAAAAACACUGGAGGUGGAGCCCACAGAGGAGAAGACUGUCAAGGAGGAAAGUUCUGAGAAGAGUGUGUCGGAGGUCCCCGACAACCCUGUCAACCUGUGGGAGGAGGGCCGAGUGGAGGACGAGCUCUCUCCUGAGGAGAUCCAAAUGUUUGAGCAGGAGAACCAGAGGUUGGUGAGUGAGAUGAACAGCCUGGUGGAUGAAGUGAGACAAAUCGAGGGGAAGGUGGUGGAGAUCUCUCGACUGCAGGAGAUCUUUGCUGAGAAAGUUCUGCAACAGGAAACAGAGAUAGACAGUAUUCAUCAGCUCGUUGUGGGUGCUACAGAAAACGUCAAAGAAGGCAAUGAGGAUAUACGAGAGGCAAUCAAAAACAACGCUGGCUUCCGGGUAUGGAUCCUGUUCUUUUUGGUCAUGUGCUCUUUCUCUCUCCUCUUUCUGGACUGGUACGACAGCUAACACAGCCAGCAUGGACUCUACGACAGGAAAGCGUCUGACUCUGGCACAUAUUGGUUAUCUCAUACAGACGUGAUGAAAUUACUGAGACUGAAUGUACGGUUUACCAUGCUGGACCUGGUGUAAAGAGUGCUCUUCAUGAAGAUUGUGGAGAUGGCAGUUCCCUGAUGCUGUCUAUUAAUGUUUGUCCAGGGCAGCUUCAAUGUCUAAAAGCACUUGAAAGGACGCAAGCUUUGUAUGUAGCACAGUGUCCACUUUAAGUGUGUGUAUGUUUGAACAUUCAGACUUACUGUAUCACUAAAAGCAUUGACGAUGGUUUAAUUGGCAGCAACAUUUCCUGUCUGUCGGACAAAACAACAUUUAUUUCUGAUCCCUUUUGAAGCAGACUAAAGGUUACUGUUCAGAAUGACAAUACAUUCACUUGUCUCUUCUACACUAUUUAAAUACACUUCUGUACAUCAGUGACACAAAUUAUACUUUGCAGUCCAAUGGUGACUAAUGUUUUGCUUUCCAGGCACUUGUGAGCAGCAGAACAAUUUUUUAAUAUCUUUCACAGCAUAACUAUACUGACACACCACUCACAUUCUAGUAAAAGUAAUCAAUAUUCUUAAAUUAAA